UGCUGCUCGCCAUCAUCAACAACCUCGACGCUUGCCAUUCCGACGUCUUAAGCGUACGGCUCCUUACCUUCUUUUAAACCACACAGUCUCUUCAAGUUACACUCCUUCCGACGUUAUUAUGGACCAAACUUUCGACGUUUCUGACAAACUUCAAGAAUCCAGUAUGGCAGCCAAACAGAGGUUUGAAUCGUUCAAGAUGGGUGGUGGCGCUCCAGCCAAUAGUUUAAACAAUUACAUUCCAAAGCAUUCACAUGGACGAUCUCGCUCUCGCAACAGUUCAAUUUCUUCUCUUGCAACAUUAUCUAUUUCUGCUUCUGCACCUUCAUUCCCCUCUCCAGUUGAAUUUUCUUUCAAUAAUGCACCUUCCAACGCACUUCCUCCAAAGCGCCCAAAUUCCCAUCACAGGCGUCGUUCUUCUGUAUCAACUCGCCGCGAGUCGGCAGAGCUUAUGGGCGUGUCCCUUCCUGACCUUCCAGCAGCUAAUUCAGAUGAUAACGUAAAUCUUGGCGACAGGGAUUCUAUUCGUCGCAGGGCACUCUGGGCUCUUGAGGGAAAGCCUGACCUUGCUUUCUCCAAGGUCGAAAUUCCUGAUAUCACGUCACCCAAUUUGUCAAAGUCUUUUGACUUCCCAACCAAGCCGUCUUUCCCUCCUGGUACUGGUAUCAGUGGGCAUGGUAUUAGUAGCCUCAUGAACAAGCGCGAUUCAUUCGGCAAACUGUUCACUUCUACUUCUAACUCCAAAGAUCAGCUUCAGACACUAGUUGAGGAAGAAGAAGAAGAGGAGGAAGAGGAAGAGGAAUCCCAAGAAGAACGUCCCGCUCAAGUUGCCGAGGUUGUCGUGGAAUCUACGGAAGCUCCCGCUGUCCCACUUGUUACUCCAGCCUCUAUAGUGACAAAAUCUGUUUCACGUCACCGUCCUGCCAGCCUUAAUCUCAGGCCCCUCUCUCUCGUUUCUGGAAAUGCUGUCAGUUGCACACCCGGAAAUCUACCCACGCCCACUCUUACGCCGCAUCAUCCGCCCAAUGGUCUGAGAUCCCUCGCCUUGACAUCCGGCUCUGACACCUCGUUCACGAACGCCAAACUCACGAAAGGAAGCACGGAUUGCCACUCCACCACUGUCACGCCAUCUUCUUCCGGUUCCUUCAGUCUCGCUUCACAUCGUUCUUUUUCAUCCGAAAGCUCUGAUAUCAGCAGGAAACGCAGCAGCAUUUCAUACAAACGCUCCGUCACUUCCAUUCCUCGUGACAUGGGUGUUUUGCCCACACCUGGUUCGACUCCUACCGACCGCCGGUUUUCAGAGUUAAACGAUGUCGAAUUCGUCGCAGAACAGUCCCUUGCCACAGCCGAGCAACAUUUUUUAUUUAGAUCGCACAAUGUGCUCCUGGCUCGCAUAAUGGAUCUUGAGCGCACGCUACGUUCGCGAUCAAUGUCCCGAUCGCGUCCUCUUUCCAUGGCUUCAGAGGCUUCGGCAGCAUCAUCCGAGCCAAGCGACGAGAUGCUGCAGCUUAUUUCAGAUCUUAAGGCUGAGCGUGACGAGCUGAAGAGAGACGUAGACGGAUGGCGCAUGCGCGUAGCUGAUGCAGAUAAACAAGCCGGCGUCCUGGCAAGGCGAGUUGAGGCUGAGAGAAGAGAAGCCUGGGUGGCUCGCUCGCGGCUUGGUCUACUGGAAGUCGAGAAGCGUAGCCUGGACAAGGCCCUCGGUAAUUUGAAUGCCGAACUCCAGCAAUCAAUAAGCCAGAGCGAGCAGUUUAAGAAGGAAUGUGAUGGUAUGAGGGAGGAACUGGACAGGUUGCGUGCUCGUCUCCGAGAUGCUGACAAUGCAGUAAAUGAAGUCAUCCGCCUUCGCGCCGCACUCGAACAAGAGAGGACCAGGCGCGCCGAGCUAGAGAAAGUUCUCGACGACGCCGGAUUGCUCAAUACUCCCACCGUUCCACUUUUUGUUGGUGGACAGGAAGAAAGUUCGGUACCUAGUCGGUCUUAUGACAUCCGUCCUCGUGGACUUGGUUUCCAGUCCAUCGACUCUGACGGUUCUUCGACCGAUGUCGAGUCUGUCGACCACAGCUUCACCAAGGCUGAAUUGACCCUCGAUGCUGUCACAGAGGAAGAUGAGGAUGAGUACCAGGACAGCUGCGACUUUUCUGACGAGGAGGAUGAGUUGGCCGGUUACGAAGAUGCAGAAGACUCUGACAUCAGUUUCCAGAGUCCAGAUGGCUCAUCCAUCGGCUCCGCGGACGAACUCGACCUCAUGCCAGUCUCAGUCCUGAACGAGGCUACAAACCGACUCAACUCAUUGUCCAAACCAGCUCCGUCGAGAUCUUUGCAUUCUCGACACAAUUCACUAUCUAAGACGUGGACAUUCCCCAGGGGCCAGCCUCUCACAGUCAAGCGCGAUGUUGAUGAGGUUGACCGAUUCUUUGGAUGCCUCGAUGACGUUGAAAACUCCCCUCCAUUUGGUUCUGAGGAGAUGGGCAAAGCGACGUUCACGUCGACAUUCGGUCUUUCCUACGAUGAUGACGAUGAGCUGCCACCUUUUGUCAUCCCUUCAGACGUUGGCACUGUUGUCGAUUCGACGUCGAGGAGUCUUGAUAUUGUGCUGGAGGAAGACGAAGGCGAUGAAGGCGACGCUGAUGACGAGAAUGAUGGCGAACUCCAUGGCGAGGAAGUUGAGGGCGGGAUCCGUUUCACAUUCAACCCUCCGCCAACUGUCUGCGGCCCUCCUCCUGUCAUCUGCAUCACACCUCCAACUGAUUCUGAGUCGUUAUCUGCUGCGAGAAACCCUGUCCUUAUCUAUGAGCCUUUUGAUGAUGAGGAAGAUGAUACUUCUCCCUUCACUUUCCCCCAGCGCAGGGUACAGGAGCCGAUCACUCCACCGUCCUUUUCACCACCGACUUCGGAGAGCAGCAGCCGUCCAUCAAGCCGGACAAGUAGCUCUCCAUCGUCAAUUCCUCGUGCAACUUCACUGCGCUCAUUCAUGCCACUCACACCGCCCUCUUCAGCUACACCGCCCAGAAGCGCGAGUGAUCGUUUUAAUGCACAGGUAGAUUGUCCGACGGCAUCAUUUGUUACCCCUCCGUCACGGCGCGGCGGGACCAUCCCAUCCUUCAUUCCUCAACCAGUCUCGCCAUCGCCAUCGAAGAUUUUCAGCCCUUCAAAAUCCCGCGUUCCUGUUCCGCUGAUGCGUUAUAAGGGUGAUACAAAUGUGGGUUCUAACUUUUUCUCUUUGGUUUUCACAGUCAACGGUGCAACUCUCAGAUACGACACCUCUGAGAAGAUAACAGAAGCGAAAUCAGAUUCCUCCGACACUUGUGAAUACCUUGAUCAACACGCCUCGACUUCAUCUUUAUCGUCAAUUAUGCCUUCACCGCUUGCGGCACGAUUUUCAUUCCAGACAUUGUCAAAUUUUAUUCCCCUCUCGUGGACGCCGGGUGCGGCUGCGAUUACGUCGCGCACUGUACCUGGGACCUCAGUUGGCUCCACUGAUGAUGUUGCAGAGGCAGCAUCAUCAUUUCCUAGUGCCUGUCCUGGUGUACGACGCUCGAUUGAAAGGAGAUUUGUUUCUAGGGAUCAGCAGUUAGAGAAGCUGAGGAAUCGACUGGGCAAUAACCAUAUUAACGGCAUAGGACGCUGUCUUGCGGUCGCUCCUUGCGGUGCUGGCAAGGGUGCCAAUAUUUUCUUGUGA